GCUGAAGUCCACUGGCAACUCUUCGCCGGUCCCGCGACACUUCAUCAUCUUUUAGCGAUAUCUGUCUGUCUGAAAAAAAGAGUGAGCUGGAACAUAGGGCGAUCCGCGAGAGAGCUACCACGAGACUAUCCACGCUACCAUGGCUAUUGAUGAAGCCAGCACAGUGACCACCAAGCUUCUCACACUGCUUAAUGUCUCUGCCACUAAAGUCGGGAAACGAAAGCACCCAUUCGAGGAUGUGGUGGGGAAACCGAGCGAAAGACUGAACAAGCGUCGUGCGAUCUCGUUCUCGGACGCCUCUGGCGGCCCAGGAGAGGCAGAAAAGACCUCGGCGUCCACUACACAAAGCCCAGAGCCAGCUUCGAAGGAGGGCGAGCACGAAAAGGGCGAGGAAGUGCCGGAGGAGGCUGAAGGGGAUUCGUUACACAACGUCGAUGACCUAUACGAAUCACACUUCGGUGCCAAGUCUACACUUACAACAGAAACCGUCCGGAAUGCGGUAGACCAUAAGUCCUGGGCUACGCAUAGAGACAAGCACGGCAGAUUAGGCCCUGUUAUUACGUCGUUCCCCGACGUCGACGGCGCCGCGAAGCCAACAACAAGUGACGGAACUGCUAUCUUGGACAAGGUGAAGCAGCCACUCUUGGACCGGCAAGCCAAGCUUCCGCGAGAGGUCGUCGAGUUGCAAAAUGAUCUGCUCUCCAUGCUAUCGACCCAGCGAGAUCUCUACAUUACUCGGACUUCUCUCGACAUGCACCAAAGCAUGCGCGAAGCCAUCACGCUGCACGCUCUAAACCACAUCACAAAAAAGCGCCGCCGGGUGCUCAAGAACAACGAACGCCUCGCGCACGCAUCAAAGGCGGGCACACCCGCACCCGAAGACGUCCAAGACCAAGGCUUCACCCGGCCCUCCGUGCUCAUCCUCCUCCCCUUCCGGUCCUUCGCGCAGCGCUGGAUCACUGCGCUCACCGCACACACGCCCUCGCCUACAUAUCAGGUGGAGAACCGCUCGCGUUUCAGCACGGAGUACGGUCUGCCACAGGGCGCCGUGGACAAGCUUGCGAACGCAGAGCCAGGGACGUAUCCCAGAGAUCAUGUUGAAAUGUUCAAGGGGAACAUCGACGAUGCGUUCAGGAUGGGGGUGAAGAUGACGAGGAAGAGCGUGAAGCUGUUUGCGGAUUUCUAUGGGUGCGAUUUGAUCAUCGCGAGUCCGCUAGGUUUGAGGAUGUCGAUAGAGAAGGAAAAGAGCGCUGACUUCCUGUCCUCAAUCGAAAUGGUCAUCGUCGACCAGUUGGACGCGCUCACUAUGCAGAACUGGGACCAUGUUCAGUUCGUCUUCUCGCGCCUCAACCAAAUGCCGAAAGAGUCACACGACGUCGACUUUUCUCGCAUCAAGCCUUGGUAUCUCGAUGGGCACGCUGCGUACCUCCGCCAGACCAUAUUGUUGACUGCGUAUGAAACGCCCGAGACGCGGGCCCUGUUCAAUGGCUCCUUGAAUAACGUCGCGGGCAAGGUCCGGACAGAGAGACUCUGGAAACCCGUGGAAGUGCCAGAAGGCAUCGAGCAAAAUUUCGUGCAAUUCGAUUGUACCAACCCCAAAGACGAGCUAGAUAAGCGCUUCCAGUAUUUCACGGCGCAGCUCCUGCCGGCCAUUCUCAAAUCAGCGGUGCAAAGCUCGAACACCGUCAUCUUUAUCCCGUCCUCGUUCGACUUCAUCCGGGUACAGAACCACUUCCGGAAGAACCUGGGCGUCACUUUCACCGUCCUCUCCGAAUACUCGACGAACCAAGACAUCUCUCGCGCGCGUCAAGCCUUCUUCAACGGCAAGAAAGCCUUCCUGCUCGUCAGCGAGCGUUUCCACUUCUUCCGGCGGUACAAGCUCCGCGGCAUCCGCAAUCUCGUCUUCUACGGCCCGCCCGAACACGCGCAGUUCUACACCGAGUUUCUGAGCUACCCAUUCCUCGACGAUGGCGUCGAGGCCGCGGACGUGAUGUGCAAGGUACUCUACUCGAAGUAUGACUGGUUGAGGCUAGAGAGGAUCGCGGGGACGGAGGGCGCAGCGAGGUUGAUCAAGCGCGGGGAGAGCUGAGUGCUGUUGCUCAUGUAGAUAUCAUGUGAGUCAUGCUUGGUGUAGUACAUUAGCUGGAUCCGUGAGCG